AUGACUUCCCAAUCAUCUGGUUGCCUUUUCCCGAAAUCAAAUGCCAGUGGAUUGCAAGUGCAUCAGUGCACCCCUGAGACUUGUGCUGUUCACCCAAUUUACUCGGUAGUGUCUGCUCGAUGCCUUGGUAACGAGGCUUCCAAUACCACCUCAACUAUGCCAACUUUCAGUCGAGAUUUCGAAUUUCCAUCCUCAAACGUCAUUCAAACUCGGUGCAUGGUCAAUCGGACCACUGAGGUCUUCUAUUGGUUCCCUCCGGUUCAAAAUUGUUUUUCAACUAAAAAUAGUGAUACCCCCUAUUUCUACGGCUCCAUUUACGCCCUCCGCCAGCUACAGCACGCCUUUCAGGCUGGCAAAGCUGCGGCUGUGGCCGUCAAAGAGAAACCCCUAGUCUCUCUCUCUGUUGGAAUGUCCGCACUCUCAGUGGUUCUCGUGCUCAUAAUGCUCCUCGGUAUCUGCCACCGCAACGCGCCCGAAACGGCCAAUCAGCGACAACGUCAGGCGGCCGCGCGUCGCCGAGCUCGAACCAGGGGCCCUCUGCAGCACGACAACCACGCGUCAAUCGGGACGCAGGCUGAGGUUGAACCUUCGGAUAGGCCAUUCGUCCUCCAUCGGUCGAGUUCUUUGUCGUCGUCGUCGUCAUCAGCUCGGCGUGCUGCAGCGGUCACCGGCACUCAAUAG